AGAACAGAGAGAUAGAUAAUAGAGAGGCAGAGAGAGAGAGCGAGAGAGAGAUUGUAAGCUAAUGGCGAAACACUCUGUUUUAGACCAGCUCCUCGAUAGCGCUUUGGAUGAUUUCCAAAAUCUCCAAUCUUACUUCUUCUGUUCAAACUCAAAGGAGUGGAGAUGGCGAAAUGAAGAAACAUGAGAGUUGUAUUAUGCCUAGUAGUGAGGUUCAAGGCUUGGGUGUGGGUUUGCCUGACUUGAGAAGUAAGAAAAAGGGCAAGCAAAAGGUUUCCAAAGAAUCUCAUGUUUCGGAAGCUCUUGAUAAGCUUAGAGAGCAGACUAGGGAGGCUGUCAGGGGACUCGAGUCUGUCACGGGCUCGAAACCCGUUGCAGACAAUUUCGGAAAGGAUCCAAUGAUGGAGGAUUAGGUUAAGCAGUUUGAGGAGCUUGCUGGGUCUCAGGUA